AUGGAGCCUUCUCGCCCUCCAGGCUGGGUAUCCCAGGGAGAAGUUGAGAACCUUGUACUACUACAACGAGAACAACAGCUCGAUCCACCGCGUCAACGGGAAGAACCUAGGAAUAACAAUAGCGAACCUGAAACCGUAGACCUCGCAGACAACCCGAAUAUCGCUACCGGGCUAUCAACCAGUCCUCUGGGUCUGGCAUCAAAAUGUAACCUUUCGACGGUGCCAGUCUUACUGCUUUUGCAUGGUGCAGAUACUCUGGUAUUCAUCGACCCUUCUCCGGAGACGGUCCGAGCCAAGUUGCCUCUCUGUGUAUCCACGGUUCCUCAUCGCAUCCACAGUGAGACCUUGCUGGCUACAGGCUCGGCCUACUUCAAACGACUUUUUACUCCGCGAGUGCAGACCCGGGUCAGAAAGCGACGCGGUUUGGCUGGAAAUCUUCCAGGUGGGAUUCAAUACGUCUUGGACCUCACGCCUCCAAUGUUGGACGAGGAUGCAAUCAUCUUUCUGACCGAGCUUUCAUGUCCUAUGGGCAUUCGAACAUGGGCCUCAAAGAGAAGUGUGUGGCAUCUGCCGCUCUCAUGUGUUGGGGGACAAGAUGAGUUGGAACCCACGGAGCAGCUCAUACAAAACCCUACAUCACACGAGUCCGAAACCGACACCUAUAUCGAUCCUGCCGAUAAUUCAUCCGAGGAAGAGGACGAAGCCUUGCCUCCCAUGCAAGAUGCAGUUCCACCAGACGCACCGCCUCCAAUGGGGAGACAGGAACGCUUGCCUGUGGAAUACUCAGCCUCGCGUCACCGUGAAGGUAUUGAGCAUAUCCUCCACGUUCUAGAGGGACUUCACAUCAGCAUAGACACCCCUUGCAAGCUGUGGACAUUUUUUGCGCUCGCUAAAAUCUUCGAUGUGGCCACCGUGCCAGCCAUCUGCGACCACAUCAUCUCGUGGCUCUACGAGCAGAACAACAUUCGUUUCAUUGAAUUUCAUCCCGACAUAACAUAUCGAGUGGCCUGCGGCAUCAAAUCCGCUUCUCUCUGCCGAGAUUCCUUUGUUCCAAUGGUCGGAGAUGAGGCUCUGCUCUAUCUGAUCCGUACUACAGGUUACCAACCAACUCAGUCCAUAGAAGUCUCGAUGCGGAGCAAGAUUUCUGAUACGCUAGAUGAUAUCGAAGUGCAGCGUAUCGAGUAUGCCAGCAAGAGUUUUGGUGACUACGUUGUUCGCUGCUUCUUGCACUUGACGGGGACCGAAAUGCCCUGGUUGGUGCACAUUGUUGAGUUCCAAAAGCUCACUCGCCAUCUCGAACGCUACCCCAAAGAUCAAGAAAUUGUACUCACCUUCAUCACUACACUGAAAGAAUUUGUUCGGGAUCGCAUCUAUGGACUUUUAGUCGAGGCAAGAGACACGAAUCGUUCGUUCCAUGUAAAUACAAGCCUAGCGAAGUCGGAAAAUCCAUACCAUCAAAUGUGGAUGGAUAAAAGGUUUUUACUUCAGCGACUAGUUGGAAGACGCUUCUGGGGCUCGUUGAUCUGGCUGGACCUCUGGGAGACUCAAAAACUUCGUCCGGUUGCUCAUUCUUCAAUAGCGGAACUCUGCAAUGGCUCAUUGGCCUUCGGUGAUGAAAAUGCAGCAUUGCUUCGCUAUGUCUCAAUCAGCGAAAUCCGCCAGAUGAGCCAUACUUUUAACCAAGCUGUCAGGAUGAGAGCCCAGGCCCGUCAGGAGGAAGAGGCUUUUGCUGUGCAACUUGCAGGUGGCCGUGUGGUGAUGAACAUGACCAUAAAUCCCCGACAGUCACAGUCUUCCAAUGAGGCUAGCAACGGUUUCUACAGCGGCCCUUUCUUCAAUCCCAUCCCAGCAGCUACACCAAAUCCAUCUGUUCCAUCUAUAUCCGUAGCUCUGCCCAAGUCAGACAUCUCGGAUGAUAUAUUCGACCCAGUCGGUUUCACUACCAAGGUUCAGGAUUUCCUAAAGAACUACGCACAAGAGAUGUUGCAGCUGCCUGACUCAACCACGAUUCGUCACGAACUUACAGAUAUCCUGACAUGUCUGACAUACAAUGAAUUCCAGUUCCUCCCUCUGUGGGCUGGUGGUAAUGACGACGAAACCGGCGGUGUGUUCGCAGACCUGCUCAUUCCCACCAUGGACGCCGGUGGAUUCUCAGGACCCGGACCCACCGUGCACACUGGCAGUGUCGCAUCAACUAAUGACUCUUUCAGCGAAAUUGAUCCGAGUGACUCGCGGAGCACCGUUCAUGCGGCAUCCCACAACGCUACUUACAGUCAUGUCUCGGAUCUCAUGUCCAUGAACUCUACCGACUACGCUCAAACCGAUUUCAACAAUGAGAGCUCGGAAAUUGACUUGGAGGAAGCCCAUUUUGACAAUGAGAUAUCCCAAGAUUUUGGUCUGAUGACUGACGAUGAAGAAUGUGAGAUUCGAAGUGAUGGAACCAUUAUCAUGCGAAUUGAUUCAGCUUCAUCUUCUGUUGGUAUUCCAGAGGAUAUGGAUAUGGACAAAAUGAAUGAUGAUAAUGAUGCUGACUUCGAGUUCGUUGAUGUGCGCAACUGA